CAACGCUUCCCAUGGGGCUGGGACGGCUCAGAUCGUCGGAGCCGACCCCAGCGAAAUGCCACGGAAUCCACCAUAUCACUUUCCAACGCGAGUCAGUUCUCGUUUUAUAUCAGCGAACCCCCGAAGACCUCUCUCCUCGCUAGAUUUUGCAGAGAAAUCAAACCCUAAGACUUCAAAGAAGAAGCUUCAAGAAUGCCGGGCCUCAGAGGGCCAUCCGAUUAUUCACGAGAACCCGCUCGUCAUCCAUGCCUCCGGAUCAAUGCCAAGGCGCCUUUUAACGCCGAACCACCGCGUUCAAUGUUGAUUACCACUUAUGUGACGCCAGUGGAUUUGUUCUACAAGAGAAAUCAUGGACCAAUCCCUAUUGUUGAUGACAUAGAAAGAUACUCUGUUUCUGUGCGUGGUUUGAUUGAAAAUCCCAAAAUGCUGUCCAUGAAAGAUAUCUGGGAUCUUCCAAAGUAUGAUGUUACUGCCACUUUACAAUGUGCAGGUAACAGAAGAACAGCUAUGAGUAAAGUCAGAACCGUGAAAGGAGUCGGCUGGGAUAUUGCUGCUAUUGGAAAUGCUGUCUGGGGUGGUGCCAAAUUGGCAGAUGUUCUUGAACUUGUUGGGAUACCUAAGUUCACAAGUACCACACAGUCAGGUGGAAAACAUGUUGAAUUUGUGAGCGUUGAUAUGUGUAAGGAGGAGAAUGGGGGACCUUAUAAGGCAUCAAUUCCUCUAAGUCAGGCUUCAAACCCUGAAGCUGAUGUUUUGCUUGCUUAUGAGAUGAAUGGAGAGCCUCUGAACCGUGACCAUGGGUAUCCGUUGCGCGUCAUUGUCCCAGGGGUCAUUGGUGCUCGUUCGGUUAAAUGGCUGGAUUCCAUCAAUAUUAUUGCAGAGCCAUGCCAGGGGUUUUUUAUGCAAAAAGACUACAAAAUGUUUCCACCUUCAGUGAAUUGGGAUAAUAUUGAGUGGUCUACCAGGAGGCCAAUAAUGGAUUUUCCUAUUCAGUGUGCAAUAUGCUCCCUGGAAGACAUCAAUGUGAUAAAGCAUGGAAAGAUAACUGUUAGUGGAUAUGCUGCAGCAGGAGGUGGCCGUGGAGUUGAGAGGGUAGAUAUUUCUGUUGAUGGUGGCAAAACCUGGGUAGAAGCUUCCAGAUACCAGAAGCCUGGCAUUCCAUAUGUUUCUGAUGAUGAAAACAAUGACAAAUGGGCAUGGGUGCUUUUUGAGGCCAAAGUUGAUGCCCCUCACAGUACUGAAAUAGUUGCUAAAGCGGUAGAUACAGCAGCAAAUGUCCAACCUGAAAGUGUGGAAGAAAUUUGGAACUUGAGAGGGGUACUGAACACAUCGUGGCACAAGGUUCAAGUUCGAGUUGGUCAUUCCGCUAUGUAGACAGAACUCAAUAGAACCGAAUAAUCGAAUGAGCUUCUUGCUGUGCUGUGAUCCAUGACUGGCUUUUCUCUUCUGUGUGUUGCUUACAAAAAUAAUGAUGCUGGAUCAAUGGAGCAUCUUCAAUUGUAAUUGAGAUUUGUGUGACUCAUACCAGUUAUAUGUGGUAUCGUUUUCAGGCACAGGUUAUGUUAAGCCCAUAGCCGAUUAAUCUUA